ACGACAGGACGUCAAAACCAGGAAAUAGCACUUGCGCUAGGUUUUCGAAGUACAGUUGUUUUGAGUGCUUAAUUCGUUCGCAAAUAUUAUUUUAUUUGUUUGAUAAGGCCGCUUUGAGGAAAUACGGCACCACAUCACAACGGAUUGAGAACAAGAUGGCUUCAAAUCCCCCGAUGGAGAAUGGGGCCAUUCAGGGUCCUUCCCAGCAAAGGUCUGUGGAAGGGGACUACCUUGUAGAGACCGCCACUCUGGAAGACACCCUUCAGCAGAUGAAUGUCCUUAUGAAGGAGAACAAGGAAUUGAAGGUUGCCCUGAAGGAGACAAACAACUCUAUGAAGGAUAGGUUUGAGGGGCUGGCUGCCUGGAAGGACAAGCAGAAAGAGGAGCGGGACUUUCUGGAGGGGAAGCUGGGGGAAGCGAAGGAGCGAGUGUCUGUCCUCACCAAGCGCAACGAGGAGCUAAAGAAGAAGCUACAGGUUCUGGAGAAGGCAGAGGGAGCUGUGGAGGGGGAGUCUGGCCAUUGGAGCAUGCAGAUUGAGGCCCUGAAGGCCCAGAUCGUGAGGCUGCAGGCGGAGAAGAGCGACCUGGUGGCCAUGAACUCGGAGCUGCAGCUGAAGAUGAGGCCCAGCUCGCCCGAGGGCUUCAUCGAGAUCUGCAUCGCGGAGGGAGGAGUGGAUGUGACAAAAGAUUUCCCAAAUGGACCCAAGGACUCUUGCAUGACCAGGUCUGACCUGACCGUAUCCCGGCAAGACUCCGAGGAGUACACGGUGAGCCAGCUGCUGCAGUCCCUGAGAAAGGAGACUCAGAAAGUGGAGAAGCUGGAAGUCGAGCUCCUGGCUUCGAGAGAGAGGGUUGCGGAACUGGAGUUUGCGGCUGUAAAGCAGGGCGAGGCUGAGACUCAGACCUCCCUGCCAGUGGGAGAGAUGGAGGGGUCCACAGCUGCAGCCCAGGCCAACGGACAAACUCAACAGGAUGCCCCGCAGAAGGAGGCUGACACCGAGCUGGAGAACCUGAAGGCUCAGAUGAGUAAACUGUUCAGAGAGCUGCAGCAGGCUCAGGCCAAGCUGGACGACGCAGAGGACAUGAAGAAGAGCCUCCACGACAGGUGCAGGAGCAUGGAGAAGGAUGUAGCCAUGCUUAAAGCUCAGCUGGUGGAGAAGCUGCAGGUGCAGACGGACAAUCAGAGGCUGAAACUGCAGUUGGAGAACAUGAUCAAAAUGCAGCAGAGAAAGACAGGGGAUGAGAGGUGCGGAGACAUGGAGAAGGACCUGGCUAUGCUGAGGGCCCAGCUUGUAGAGAAGCAGCAGGUACAGACGGAGAAUGAACAUCUCAAACUGCAGGUGGCGAGCAUGCAGUCCAUGAUAACAACCGAGCAGGGAAAAGCAGAGGAGGACAGGUGCAGAGACAUGGAGAAGGACCUGGCUAUGCUGAGGGCCCAGCUUGUAGAGAGGCAGCAGGUACAGACGGAGAAUGAACAGCUCAAACUGCAGGUGGAGAGCAUGCAGUCCGUAAACAAGAUGGAGCAGAAGAAAGCAGAUGAUGAGAGGUGCAGAGACAUGGAGAAGGACCUGGCUAUGCUGAGGGCCCAGCUUGUAGAGAAGCAGCAGGUACAGACGGAGAAUGAACAGCUCAAACUGCAGGUGGAGAGCAUGCAGUCCGUAAACAAGAUGGAGCAGAGGAGAGCAGAUGAUGAGAGGACAAAUACGGCUAAGGUGAUGGAGGAAUACACCAAGCUGAAUGAAGAUUAUAAUGGGCUGAAGCAGGAAAUGAAGACAAAAGAGACGGAGAAUGAAAAGCUGAAACUGCAGGUGGACAGAAUCCAGGCCAUGAUCAGGCUGGAGCAGAAGAAGGCUGAGGAUGAGAGGACAAAUAUGGCUCUGGUCAAGGAGGAAUACACCAAGCUGUAUGAAGAUUAUAAUGCGCUGAAACAGGAAAUGAAGAAAAAAGAGCCGAUCUUGUCCAACGAGGAGGUGAGAGAGCUUCAGGCCACGCUGGAUGCUGCGGAGAAGGCCUUAGCUACCAAACAGCAGAAGAUCGAUGAGAUGAAGCAGGAGUUUUACAAGAAGGACAAGGAGCUGGAGACCAUCUCGGUCUUCCAGGCCCAGGCGGAGGUGUACUCCUCAGACUUCUACGCGGAGCGUGCAGCGAGGGAGAAGAUCCACGAGGAGAAGGAGCACCUGGCUGGCCAGCUGGAGUAUCUCAAACAGCAGAACAGGCAGCUGCAGGACGAGAUGGAGUCCAUGGGCAGACGAAAUCUCAACGAGAUGCAGAAGCGUCACACGUCCCUCGGAGGCGCUCCUGGUGGGGGUGGUCCGCAGCUGGGGGGCAGAGGUACUGAGAACAUCCCGGAACACGUCUGCCCCAAGUGCAAUGAGAUGCUGCCGGACCUCGACAGCCUCCAGAUACACAUCAUGGACUGCAUCAUCUGACUCUGUCGCCUGGCAACGGGCCCAGACUCGGCAUAGCCCUGUGCCCAGCCAUGGUGACAUGGUUCAUGGUGAUUAUGCAGCCUGAAAUAUUAUAUCCAAUGUAAUACUUGCUGUAAAUGGUAGUAUCUAAAUGUCUUACUGUAUGCUGGCAGAUUUUCUCAAGGGGUCUGGGCUUUUCUCAAGUGAGGCGAAGAGUAAUGGUAAUAUUGUAACUGAAGAGGUGCAUGAUUUGGCUAUGGAAUGAACCUAAAGGCAUAAAAGAACAAUGCAGAAAUAUGUUAACACGCUUGCUUCGCUUGGUUAAAUGUGGAGUACGCACGUUUUUUCAGUCAAAAUAUGCAAAAUAUGUUGGAUACUAUGCAGACACUAAAUGUAGUGUAAGAGAAGAGGAUAUGCAGUGUAGCUGGAGAGAAUUCCACCGACUGAUUUUACUGCUGAGGGGUACAAUCUUUAACUAAAAUGAUUUGGUCUUAUUUAAAAUCUAAUUUUGUUCAGAAUGUUAUGAAUGAAUUUUUUUCCAUAAAUAUUACAAAUCUGUGAGAAACAUCUCAUUUUUGGGCCUGUGGUACAGGGAUUGAAAGUUUGGCACCUGUACGGGAAAGCGCCACCAGAAUCAUCCACAAAGAAUUCUAAGAUAAAAAUGGUUGUGUAUUUUCAGACAUUUUAUACAGUUAAAGAGGAUCAAAAUAAGCCCAUACAACACAUGCAAAGUUGGUACAGGACUUCUGAAAUCAAAGCAUUAUGUGUAUUGCAUGUUUGCCAAAACACCCACCAAAAUAUAACAUUUAAAUAAUCACACAGUAUCAAGAUGAAAAAAGGCUAACUGGUUGUCAAUCACUGAAUGAGGUCAAAUUGACCCCAAACAUGAUAUUAGGGUUAACCACCAGAUGUUAUAAAGUUUUUUGAGGGUAAUUUAUUUGGCUAUGUACUGACUCAAUGAAAUGAGCAAUGUUUAUGAUUGUUUUAAAUCUUGGAAAUCUGUAAAGAAGAAAGGUGUGAUUGAUACAACUUCUUGUUUUGUAUAUCUUCUGGCACCAAUUAUGAAAAAUGUAAGAAAUGCACUAAGGUUCUAAUGUGGCCAGAUACUUCCUGAGACCUGGCAGAAAAAAAGAAAAUAUAUUUUAGGUCAUUUUAUUUUUUGACAUAACACAAGUUUCUUUGAUAACAUGUUGCCAUGAAAAUAAAAUAUUACUUAUUUUAUUUUUAUUGAAUUUCCCUUGUAGUGUAGGUUUCCGCAGGGUAGAAAAUACAGCUGUUGACAUUAAGACCAGAGACUUGUGCCUCCAACAGGGAAAAAAAUGCAUUGACGGGUCUUAUAGUAAUAUCCUUCAAUCAUGAACGCAUUAAAGAAAUUGUAUUUAUGAAA